AUGGAAGUUAUUUCAUCCAAACGAUUUAUUUUAUUGACUUUAGCCACUUCGACACUGUUAACAUCAAAAAUCUUUUGUGCAGAUGAAUUAAUGAUGUCCAAUUUUUACAGCAAAGAAAAUUAUGGCAAAUAUCCUGAGCCCACAGGAGACCCUAAAGGGAAAAAGGAAAGAAGUCUCAAUUUUGAAGAAUUAAAAGAUUGGGGACCAGGAAACAUCAUUAAGAUGAGUGCAUCUGCAGUCAACAAAAUGCCACACUCAGCAGCCAACCUGCCGUUGAGAUUUGGGAGAAACAUGAAACAAAGAAGCACUGGGGAAAUGGCCAACCUGCCUCUGAGAUUUGGAAGACACAUGAAGGAAAGCAUCUUGAGGCGUGUUCCUAAUCUGCCCCAAAGGUUUGGUAGAACAGCAAGUAUCACCAAGACACUGAGUGACCUGCUCCAACAAUCCAUGAAUUCACCAUCUGCCACUGAGUUACUUUCCCUGAUGACCUGCCAGCCCCAAGAAAUCCGGACUCCUCAUCAGAAACCCCCAAGGAGACUCAUAUUCAAGAAAAUAGAUGAUGUGGAAUUGAAACAGAAAAAAACUGGAGUCAAUCCCUAA